UAGCAACGUGGCCACUCCUUUAUUUACUCACGUGCGGGUCAUUCAGCCGUUUUAAGCAGCCCUGGUAGUUUUUAUAAGUAGUUCAUAGUUGGGUAAUAAAUUUUGGACUCAUUUGAGGUUUUUUGCUGCGCGGUCAUUGGGCAGGUGAGGCAGGUGAGGCAGGUGAGGGAGGCGGAAGAGGCUUGAGUUAAACAAAGGAGACAGGCAGUGAGCGGCGUCGUGUUUGGUGUCUGUGAAUGGACCCAAUGGAUUAAAGGUGAGGUGACCACCUCAGUCUGGACAGUGUGGACAUGACGAUGGUGGAAGAGAGUCCGUCCUCCUCAGGGUCCUCAGGGAGGAGCGGCUUGCUGAGCUGGCGCUGGAGCUGGAGUCCAGUAAGACCAGUAAGAGAAGAUAAAGAUGGAGAAGCCGGGCUGGGCUCACCCGCCCUCCCCAAACGCGGCUCACCGCUGAAAAAGAAGAGUUUUGAAGCUAUUGCAUCGGAGGAGCAGCCACCUGAAACCGUGUGCCAUGUGAGCUCAGGAGCCGGCAGAGUGGAGGCCUGUGUGAGGAACGUGCCGUGUGCUGGACGUGCACUGAGGAACGCCUUCUUAUCCAACGGGCAGGAAAACUGGAAAGCCCACGUCAAACUAGCCAGGAUCAUCAAAAGGAGCUUUGUGGGUCUGGAGCUGGUGCAGUGGCUGAUGGAGCAGUGCGCCUGUGUUCAGAGCAGAAACACAGCUGCUGGAGUCUGGAAUGUUCUGCUGGAGCACAGCGUUCUUCUAUCAGUGGAGAGGCAGGCGGCGUUUGAGGACUCUGCAGCUCUGUAUCAGUUCUCCUUCGAGGAGUGUGAGGCUCUCAGCUGUGAGUUCAGAAAUCAGAGCCAGUGGCAGAACGGAGUGAGUCUGCUCUUACAGCUGGUCCCCCUCACGCAGCUCCGCGCUGGGACCCGCAAACCGUGUAAUGAAGAGACUGAGAUGAACUCUGACCGGUGCAGCCGUGUUGUCCAGAUGAGAGCUCUAGAGCGCCUCACGUCCACGGUGCAGAAUGAACUGGUGGCGGCGCUGGCUCGCAAAGCGCAGAGCAGAUCAGUGAUUGAGGAGCCCAGUCCAGACCACUGUGCCGCCCCCCAGGCUCAGACACUGUGCUCCAGUGAGAAGAAGCACGGCCCUCAGGCUGGAUUACACCACACAGAGGAAAUCAGACGCAUGGAGAUGGUCCAGAAACUGGCCAAGGUCCUCCAAAGCCCCCUCAGACCUGCUGAACGACCUGCUGAGCCGGUGGGUGACGCAGCAGUCCGAGUGUGUGUGAGGAGAGGAGAGACGCUGCUGCUCCACACGGCGUCGUCACCGCCGCCCCCCUCUGCCACACACAGGUACGCCGCCGUCCCCGCGCCGCCACAGAAGGUUCUGGAACACCUGCUGAGCCACCUGAGGCUGGACCAGGAGCAGGGGAGCCCGCAGGCUGGAGAGACAGACAGCCUGCUGGACGACUUUCUGCUGACGUAUCCGAUGUUCAUGUCCACCAAUGAUCUUUGCCAGGCGCUCCUCGGACACUACUGUCUGAAGCGAGGGAGGGAGAAGGAGGGAGGGGAGGAGCCUCUGGAGAGGAAGCGUAAGGUCCUGCGCCUGCUGUCCCACUGGAGCUCUCUGAGCAGGAACACGCUGCAGGAGGAUGAGCCCACCAAACUCUUCAUGAAGACGCUGUACCGGUACGUCCUGGAUGACCUGUACGAGUUCCCCCCUCUGGAGACGGAGCUGAAGGAGCUCCAGAAACUUCUGCGGAUGCAGCGCAGACACACGGUGGAUGAGUUCUCUCCUCAGAGGAAGAAUAAAGCACUCUUCCACCAGCUGAGCCUGAAAGAGAGCUGGCAGCCCGUGAGAGCGCCCCACAGGGACAACAAGGAAGUGCUCUGCCGUGUGUACGUGACGGUGGACUCGUAUGUGAGCGUCAGGACUCACGCGGCGGUGACGGUUCAGGAGCUGCUGGCUGCUGUGGCUGAGAGAUUAGAGUGGGUGGAGGAAGACAUGGUGCUGGUGGCCCUCACCUACUCCAGAGAGAAGGUGGUGCUGCCGCUGCAGCAGUGUGUGUUUGCCGACUCCCUCAGCGCUGCAGGCAGACUGUGUGUGUGCAGGAGAGACCAGACUGAGCUCAUGAGCCCAGUGACCGAUAACGGUCAGCUGCAGCAGCAGCCGGUCAGGAUGCUGAGUAUGAACACGUGGGACGUCGCUGUGGCGCUGACCAACUGCGACUGGAGUCUGUUCAGCAGCCUGCAGGAGAAAGAGCUGGUUUAUUUCUCGCUGAGUCGUGAUUCGUGUGCUGGCCACACGGUGGCGCUGGAGCUGCUGCUGCAGCGCUGUAACGAGGUGCAGCAGUGGGUGAUGACCGAGGUGCUGCUGUGUCCGGAGCUCUGCAAACGCGUGCAGCUCUUUAAGAAGUUCAUCAAGAUCGCGGCUCAUUGUAAAGCACAGAGGAACCUGAACUCCUUCUUUGCCAUCAUAAUGGGUUUGAACACGGCCGCCGUGAGCCGACUGAGCCAGACGUGGGAGAAAGUUCCAGGGAGGUUCAAAAAGUUGUUCUCAGAGCUUGAAAGCUUGACGGACCCGUCCUUCAACCACAAAGCCUACAGAGAUGCCUUCAGGAAGAUGAAGUCUCCUAAGAUCCCUUUCCUACCUCUGCUGCUGAAAGACAUCACGUUCAUCCACGAGGGGAACAAAACCUUUCUUGAUAACCUGCUCAACUUUGAAAAGCUGCGUAUGAUAGCAGACAUGGUGCGGAUCGUCAGGCACUGUCAGACAGACCACAUGGGAAACCUGUUGACGCAGAAGGACAGUGCAGAGGUCAGAGCCUACAUCAACUAUCUCCACAUCAUCGACAAUCAGCAGACUCUGUUUGAACUCUCUCACAGGCUGGAGCCGAAGGUGUAGCUGUGAAUAAAUCACUAAUGAAAGAAGAUGGACGCUGCGCCCCCUUUCGCAAUUACAGUGCACGGCCACAAGGGGGCCUCGCAGACUACAGAGAGAAAACCAUGAUGAGCCACGGACGCUUUACUCACUGUCAGGUCCAAAAAUGUGAAACGACCCUGCAGAACCUGACGGUUAUUUUACUGGAUAGACUGAAGUUUGAUGUGCAGUACAGCACAAACGGAGCCCAGAGGAGGAAAAUACCUGAGACGUCAUUGGCAGAUUAGUUUGGGAUGAAGAAUCUGUGUAAUUUUGUGAAAUUCCCACAAAUAGACUAUACUGAAAAUU